AAAAUUUCUAAUAAUAAAUACCAAAUCUAAAGUAUACAAAACUCAAGAUUUCUAAUAAUACCAAGUGUCCAAAUUUAAAGGACCACACGUGCUCGUGCACCAUUUACAUAUUUACAUAUCUAUAUAAUUUUUAUUUUUAAAAAAAAAAAAACAAAAGAAGAUGAAGAAAAAAUUAAGAGUGAUGAAGUAACAGAACAGAAAUGAAAUAAAAACAAAUUAAAAAAAAAAACAGUUUUGAGUGAAGAGAGAGAUUUGGGCAUAAGCGUAGGCAUAGAGAGAGAAGAGAAGAGAAGAGAAGAGAGAGAGAGUGGAGACGAAACUCAACUCAGUUCCCAACUGAAAUGGACGGAGCUCAGCCACAGCCAACGGACACCGUCAUGUCCGACGCGGCGCAUCCCGAACCCCAGCCCCAACCCCACCCACCCAUGGGUAUGGACAGCAUCCCCGCCACCCUAAGCCACGGCGGCCGAUUCAUACAGUAUAACAUCUUCGGCAACAUCUUCGAGGUCACCGCCAAGUACAAGCCCCCUAUCAUGCCCAUCGGCAAAGGAGCUUACGGUAUCGUUUGCUCCGCUUUGAAUUCGGAGACGAACGAGAGCGUGGCCAUCAAGAAGAUAGCAAAUGCUUUCGAUAACAAGAUCGAUGCCAAAAGGACUCUCCGUGAGAUCAAGCUGCUUCGUCACAUGGACCACGAAAACGUUGUUGCAAUUAGGGAUAUUAUACCACCCCCUCAAAAGGAGGUAUUUAACGAUGUUUACAUUGCUUAUGAGCUAAUGGACACUGAUCUUCAUCAGAUUAUUCGUUCCAAUCAAACCUUGUCGGAGGAGCACUGUCAGUAUUUCCUUUAUCAGAUUCUCCGUGGAUUAAAAUAUAUUCAUUCUGCCAAUGUCCUGCACAGAGACUUGAAACCUAGCAAUCUUCUACUAAAUGCCAAUUGUGACUUGAAAAUUUGUGAUUUUGGGCUAGCUCGUGUCACCUCAGAAACUGAUUUUAUGACAGAAUAUGUUGUUACAAGAUGGUACCGCGCCCCAGAACUGUUGUUAAACUCAGCUGAUUACACUGCAGCAAUUGAUGUGUGGUCUGUAGGCUGUAUUUUUAUGGAAUUGAUGGACCGAAAGCCUCUUUUCCCUGGCAGAGAUCAUGUGAAUCAGCUGAAUUUGCUUAUGGAGCUUAUUGGCACCCCAUCAGAGGCUGAGUUGGGUUUUCUUAACGAAAAUGCUAAGAGAUACAUUAGGUCAAUGACAGUUCAACGUCGGCAAUCAUUUACUGAAAAGUUUCCUCACGUUCAUCCCGCAGCAAUUGAUCUUGUUGAAAAGAUGCUAACAUUUGAUCCAAGACAGAGGAUAACUGUUGAAGAUGCUCUAGCUCAUCCCUACCUAACAUCUCUGCACGACAUCAGCGAUGAACCAGUGUGCAUGACUCCCUUCAACUUUGACUUUGAGCAGCGUGCUCUUACAGAGGAACAGAUGAAGGCACUGAUCUACCAAGAAGCUAUGGCAUUUAACCCCGAGUAUCAGCAAUAAUGAAGAUGGAAAGAUUUCGUUCCUAUUUAUUAGUUUUAUCAUUACUUUGAUUAGUGUGGUGUUGACCGGUCUAUCUCUCUCUCUCUCUCUUUCUCUCUCUCUCUUUUAGUAUUUUCCAUGUGUCUUAUGAUGAUCGAUUUCUUAAUGUAAAUAUGUUCCAUCCGAAACAGGGUGGUAAUCAUGCCAAAAAUAAUCUUUUCUCAGCAGCGGUAUUUAUGGUGUUUGUUUUUGCUAGUAUCGGCUUUUUUUGAUUCUUAUUGUUGUUUCAUUUGAGCUGUUACUGACUUAUGAUAUUAAAAGACCCUUUCAUUCCUAUG